AUGGACCGUUCAAAGAAAAAAGUCGAUUUAGGGUCUCAAAUCCAAAUAAAAUUCAUUACAAAGCAAGAAAUUUAUGCUGUACCAGAAUUUCCUUUCGCAGUUGAUUCAAAAAUCCAAUGUGAAAAUUUGAACAAACUAGUUAACGAAUUAUUGAAAGAUAAAUUAUCUGAUGAUAAUGGAGUUGUGAAAAAGGUUGAUUUUGAUUUUUUGGUCAAUGGUGAAUUAUUGCGCACUCCUUUGGAUAUUCAUUUGUCACACAAAAAUGUAUCUAGUGAAAGCAAUGUGGUUGUUGAAUACAUGGAAGCUACUCCGUCGCCUGAACCAAUGGAUUGUCUUAUACAUGAUGACUGGGUAUCCGCUAUUCACUCUAUGGGAUCUUGGAUCAUAACAGGAUGUUAUGAUAAUUCAAUUCAUAUAUGGACAAACAAAGGGAAACAUAAAACCGGUAUAUCCGGGCAUACUGGCCCCGUGAAAGCAGUACAAUGGAUAUCUAUUUCAAAUGAUUCUGCCACAUUUGUUAGUGGUUCUCAGGAUCAAUCAAUUAGAGUUUGGGAUUGGGAUAUAAAGAAAGGAACUACCAAUUGUUUACAAAUUGGCCGUGGACAUGAAAGAUCGGUUGAAUGUAUAAGUGUUAGUCCAGAUUCAACUAGAUUUGCUACUGGUGGAUGGGACACUAUGUUGAAAAUUUGGUCAUCAGAUCCAAAUUAUGAGCCUGCUGAUAAACCUGCCAAAAAACUAAAAUCAGAAACAAAAAUUAUGCCUCCGAUCAUGACAUUAAAAGGCCACAAAGAAAACAUAUCAUCUGUUCAAUUUAUUAACAACUCUGAUCUGAUAACAUCAUCUUGGGAUCAUACUAUAAAACAUUGGGAUGGAGAGAUAGGUGGAAUCAAAACAGAAAUUGUCGGUAACAAAUCAUUUUUCGAUCAUGAUUACUCAGAUUUGAAUGGAUCUGUAAUCACAUGUUCAUCUGAUAGACACAUUAGAUUAUAUGAUCUAAGAUCUAAAGAGGGAUCUUUAGUUAAAGGUACAUAUUCUUCACACACACAGUGGGUGACCACUGUCAGAUGGUCCAAAUCAGAAGAAUAUCAGUUUGUGUCGGGUGGAUAUGACAAUCAAAUGAAAUUAUGGGAUACUAGAAGUCCAAAAGUACCAUUGUUUGAAUUGACGGGCCAUGAAGAGAAAGUGAUGUGCAGUGAUUGGUCAAAUCAAAAAUUAAUACUGUCUGGUGGAGCUGAUAAUACUGUUAGAAUUUUCAAAAAUAAAAAUGUAAAAACCAAUUAG